GAAGAGGAACGUCUGAGAAAUAAGAUCCGAGCAGAUCAUGAAAAGGCUCUGGAAGAGGCUAAGGAGAAGUUGAAGAAAUCACGUGAUGAGAUUCAAGCUGAGAUUCAGACAGAAAAGAACAAAGUAGUGCAAGAAUUGAAAAAGAAAGACAGCAAGCCACUGCCCCCUGUUCCUUUACCAAAUCUUAUAGGGAUAAACAGUGGAGAACCAGCAGACCCGGAUAUCCGAGAGAAGAGGAACAAGAUUAAAGAGAUGAUGAAGCAUGCCUGGGACAAUUAUAGGCAAUACGGAUGGGGACAUAAUGAGCUCAAACCAAUUGCCCGGAAAGGACAUUCCACCAACAUAUUUGGAAACUCACAAAUGGGUGCUACCAUAGUAGAUGCAUUGGAUACUCUUUAUAUCAUGGGGCUUCACGAUGAAUUCAGAGAAGGACAAGAGUGGAUUGACAAAAACCUUGAUUUCAGUGUGAAUUCCGAAGUGUCUGUUUUUGAGGUCAAUAUUCGUUUCAUUGGGGGUCUUCUAGCAGCAUACUACCUUUCAGGACAAGAGGUUUUCAAGAUCAAAGCAGUGCAACUGGCAGGAAAACUUCUUCCAGCCUUCAACACACCUACAGGUAUACCAUGGGCAAUGGUGAAUCUGAAAAGUGGUGUAGGUCGAAACUGGGGCUGGGCUUCUGCCGGCAGCAGCAUCCUCGCUGAGUUUGGUACUCUGCACAUGGAAUUUGUCCACCUCAGCUAUUUGACAGGGGACCCUGUAUACUACAACAAGGUCAUGCACAUUCGGAAGUUACUUCAAAAAAUGGAUCGUCCUAACGGACUUUAUCCAAAUUAUUUGAAUCCAAGAACAGGCCGAUGGGGUCAGCAUCACACAUCCGUGGGCGGGCUGGGAGACAGUUUUUAUGAAUAUUUAUUGAAAGCCUGGCUUAUGUCAGACAAGAUGGACACGGAGGCAAGAAAAAUGUACGACGAUGCCAUUGAGGCUAUAGAAAAACAUCUCAUCAGAAAGUCCAAUGGAGGACUGACCUUCAUUGGGGAGUGGAAGAAUGGGCACCUUGAAAGAAAGAUGGGCCACUUGACCUGUUUUGCAGGGGGAAUGUUUGCCCUUGGAGCAGAUGGUUCCAGAGAUGAUAAAGCCGGACAUUAUUUGCAGCUUGGAGCUGAAAUUGCACAUACAUGUCAUGAGUCAUAUGACAGGACAACAUUAAAGCUGGGUCCAGAAGCAUUCAAAUUUGAUGGUGGCGUAGAGGCAGUGGCUGUGCGGCAGAAUGAGAAGUAUUACAUCCUAAGACCAGAGGUGAUUGAGACCUACUGGUAUAUGUGGAGGUUUACGCACGAUCCCAAGUACAGGCAGUGGGGCUGGGAGGCAACACAGGCAAUUGACAAGUAUUGCCGAGUCAGCGGUGGCUUUUCUGGUGUCAAGGAUGUCUAUUCCUCAUCUCCUACAUAUGACGAUGUACAGCAGAGCUUUUUCCUUGCUGAAACUUUGAAGUAUUUGUAUCUGCUGUUCUCCAAUGAUGACCUUCUACCAUUAGACAACUGGGUUUUUAACACAGAAGCUCAUCCUCUGCCUGGACACCACACACUAAACUAUGUCGCCCAAGGCUCUAAUGAUGAGAAACACUCUUAG